AUGGACGCCCGUCAGGUGUUGCAGAGUACCCUCGCGCCAGAUGCGGCCGAGCGUAGCAAUGCCGAACAGCAACUCGCCCACGCUGCGGAGGUUGACUUCGCUGCCUACCUCAUCACCCUCGGUCAGGAACUCGCCAACGAGAGCAGCCCCGCUCACAUCCGUGUCGCUGCCGGUAUCGCUUUGAAGAACGCUUUCACUUUCCGGGAUCAAGCCAAGUUGCGCGAGGUGCAGCUCCGAUGGGCCCAGAGCAUCAACGCCGAGACUAAGACACAGGUCAAAGAGCUUGCGCUCAAAACCCUGCAGUCACCCGAUGCUCGCGCUGGAAAUGCUGCCGCCACACUGAUUGUUUCCAUCGCUGCUAUCGAGUUGCCGCGUGGUGAGUGGCCUGAGUUGAUGGGCAUUCUUGUCCAAAAUGUCGCCAGUGGAAACGACGCACUGAAGCAGUCAUCUCUCACUGCCAUCGGUUACAUUUGCGAGUCACAAGAUCCCGAUCUCCGCGCCAGCUUGACACAACACUCCAAUGCUAUCCUUACUGCGGUCGUCCAGGGUGCUCGGCGCGAGGAGCCGAACAUGGAUGUCCGUUAUGCUGCUAUCGCCGCUCUCAGUGAUGCUGUCGAUUUCGUGCGAACCAACAUGGACAACGAGGGAGAGCGCAACUACAUUAUGCAGGUCGUCUGCGAGGCCACCCAGGCCGAUGAGGUCCGUGUACAGGCUGCCGCAUUCGGCUGCUUGAACCGCAUCAUGGGAUCCUACUACGAGAAGAUGCGCUUCUACAUGGAGAAGGCUCUGUUUGGCCUGAGUAUUAUGGGCAUGAAGAGCGAGGAGGAGGAAGUCUCCAAGCUGGCUAUUGAGUUCUGGUGUACUGUCUGCGAGGAGGAGAUUGCCAUUGAGGAUGACAACGCUGAGGCUCAGCAAGAGGGUGUUGAGGCUCGUCCUUUCUUCGGAUUUGCUCGCGUCGCUACUCGUGAGGUUGUUCCCGUCUUGCUGCAAUCUAUGUGCCGACAGGACGAGGAUGCUGGUGAUGAUGAGUACAAUGUCUCUCGUGCUGCCUACCAGGCUAUGCAGCUUUACGCCCAAUGUGUGCAGGGUGAUGUCAUUCAGCCCGUUGUGACUUUUGUCGAGGAGAACAUCCGCAACGAGGACUGGCACCGUCGUGAUGCCGCUGUCGCUGCUUUCGGCGCUAUCAUGGAAGGCCCCGACGCCAGUCUUCUGGAGCCCCUGAUCAAACAGGCCUUGUCUGUUUUGCUUGGCAUGAUGGAAGAUAGCUCCAUCUCCGUCCGGGAUUCCACUGCCUACGCCCUGGGUCGCGUGUGCGACUGCUGCCCUGAGGUUCUCGACCCCGAGGUCCACCUUCAACCGCUUAUCUCGUGCCUGUUCAACGGCCUCGCCAACUCACCCAAGAUCGCCAGCUCCUGCUGCUGGGCUCUUAUGAACGUCGCAGACCGAUUCGCCGGUGACGAUGGCUCGCAGACUAACCCUCUGUCGAAGCACUUUGAGGACAGUGUGAAGUCCCUACUGACCGUGACCGAGCGACAAGACGCCGAUAACCAGCUCCGUACCGCUGGAUACGAAGUUCUCAACUCCUUUGUUAUGAACUCUGCCAAUGACAGCCUGCCCAUGGUUGCAACCCUCUCAGAUGUUAUUAUCCAGCGUCUUGAGCACACUAUUCCCAUGCAGCAGCAAGUCGUUAGCGCCGAAGACCGCAUUCUUCUCGAGGAGAUGCAGACUAGCUUGAUCAGUGUCAUUCUGGCCAUCGUCCAGCGCUUCGAGGUCGAGAUCAAGCCUCAGGCUGACCGUAUUAUGAGCGUGCUGCUUCAGGUCCUGACUACGCUUGGCGCCAAGUCGAGCGUGCCGGAUGUCAUCUUUGCCACCGUUGGUGCUAUUGCCAGUGCUCUUGAGGAUGAUUUCAUCAAGUACAUGGAGUCAUUCAGCCCAUUCCUGUAUAACGCCCUGGGCAACCAGGAAGAGCCAGGUCUCUGCUCUAUGGCCAUCGGCUUGGUCAGUGACAUUGCUCGUGCUUUGAACGAGAAGGUCCAGCCUUACUGUGACACCUUUAUGAACCUCCUGCUCAAGACUCUCCAGACUUCCACCAACCAGCUCAAGCCUGCGAUUCUUGAGACCUUCGGCGAUAUUGCCCAGGCCAUCGGAACCAACUUCGAUACGUACUUGGCGGUCGUUGGCCAGGUUCUCCAGCAAGCCUCCAGCGUGACCACCAGCUCCGACCUCCCAUACGACAUGGUGGAUUACAUUGUUUCUCUCCGCGAAGGCAUCAUGGAUGCUUGGGGUGGUAUUCUUCUGUCCUACAAGGGCACUCCUUCGAUCACCCAACUCCAGCCUUUCAUCGAAUCUAUCUUCCAGCUUCUUCACAUUAUCUCCCAGGAGAGCAACCGCAGCGAAGGUCUGAUGCGGUCUGCCAUGGGUGUUAUUGGUGAUCUUGCUGAUGCCUUCCCCAACGGCGAACUCGCUGCCUACUUCCGCAACGACUGGGUCACCUCUCUCGUGAGAGAGACUCGCACUACUAGACAGUACAGCGAGCGCACAAUUGAGACUGCUCGCUGGACCCGUGAGCAGGUCAAGCGCCAAAUCAACAUGGGCGCUGGUAUGGCGUAA